AUGAACGAAAAGGAACAAAAGAGACAUGCCAAAAUUAUAGAAAGCCUAAAAUAUACGAAAAAUGAAAACAUAAUUGUUGAAAAUUUAAAUGCAAUUUGUCAAAAUGAAGGAAAGAGACAGGACAAUAAUGUAGUGUUACAACUUAUUGACUUGUUUCUAGAGGAAAAUAAUUAUUGCUAUAAUGAAAAUUUUCUUUUUAAUUACAGUCUUUUAAAAAGAAAUAAAGAAUUAAAUUUAAGUUCAGAAAAGAAAAAUAAAUCAAAAUUUAGUAAACAAUAUAAAAUCUGCGUAAAAAGUAAAAAUAUCGAAAAGGUAAAUGAAGAAGAUUGUUACUAUUUUUCUUUAAAAAAAAAAAAUUUAUGUACGUUUAGUCGCGAAUUUACAAAUUCUAAAAAAAUUUUAUUUCAGUAUAUAUGUAAUAGUGUGUUGAAAGGACAUGUGCACAUAAAUUAUCUUAUAGACAAAAUUUAUGUCCAUUUUCAAAUAAAGAGUAACAAAAGCAGCCCUAGUGUGCAAAACUAUGAUAACACGAAACACUUAAUUUGCAACCAUGAUUUGAUAAAUAUACUUAUUGAAACGAUCUUCCACAUUUUUGUAAGUAGACGGCAUGAACAGGCAGGCAUACCAGAUGAAGAAGGCAUAGAAGACGUAGAAGACGUAGAAGAUGUAGAAGACGGAAAAAACGAACAAGAUAAAAAAAAAAAAAAAAAAUUUUCUGGUCAUAGUGAUAUUCAAAAAAGUUAUCUGAUGCAUUCAAAAGAACAAAGAACGAAGGAGGAAACGCAAGAAAGGGAAGAUUAUAGCAGUAUCAAUUUGUUAAAUAUUUUAAAAAAAUUAAUUACUAUUGAUAAAAGUUUUGUUAAAAAUGUAUUUUAUAUUUUCCUUAAGAACGUGGAAAAGGCUAAUUUUACAAAUGUAAACAAAAGAUAUAAAUACAUUUUUAAAAUAUUUAAGGAAAUUAUUGUCUAUUGCGAUGAAUUCGAAAUUAGUACCUUGUAUAACAUAUUGCUCAAUAAUGAAAUGGUUAAAAACAACAAAGUACUGUAUACAUAUGCCAUCAUUUUAUGCAUAAUAAACCUGCGAAAUGUUUAUAAUGCCUACAACCUAGAAUUAUGCAUUGACAUUAUGUGUGAUAAGUUGCCCAUAGGAGGGGAUUACAGUGAUGAAGAUAUAGAGGAAGAGGGGGAAGACAAAGAUAUGUACUACAUCGAAGAGAAGAAACACAAACUGCAGGGAAGCGCCAAAACAACGAGAUCCAAACUUUUGGCCUUAUUUCUUCUAAUGUUUACCCUAAAAAUAUAUGACACAAGUUACAUUAACGGGUGUGUAAAUGAGUUAAUUCAGAAAUUUUUUCAUUUAUUAAAAAGAAAUAUACAAUUCUUGAAAAACAAAUUUUACCAUAUUAUAAAAACCAUGAUAUUCCUUCUGGUAUUGGUAUUUCAUAAUUUAAAUAUUGACAAAAAUGAAACAGUUAUUUAUAUUUUGAAAUGUAUAGAUAAAUUGCUUGAAAUUUAUUAUCAAAAUGGAAUGGAUGUAACGGGACGACCUAGACCUUCCUGUACACUAAGUGACAGUAUUAAAAAAGAAUUGAUGAAUAAGGACGUCCAUAUUGCAUAUGAAGAGAACAAUUUGAAUGAUCAUGAAGAUGAAAUGAAUUCACGAACUUAUGAAACGGAUAGGGAGUUAGAAUCGAUGAGUGAUCAAGGGAGAAACGAAAGUUUUUUUGAUCGAAAUGUGAGUAACAUGAUGGCAAAUAAUAAAAGAGAUAAUAGUUUGAACUUUUCUGAGUUAACUUUCCCCGAGCUAAACAUUUUCGAAUUUAACGUUUCUCCAGUUCUUCUAUGUUUAACAAUUCCAAUUUAUCUUGAAUAUAACUUGAAUGAGAAAAAUGAAAAUAAUUCCAAUGGCGUUAAUCGGAAAAUAAUGGAAACCUCCAGGAGGCUUAAAAACAAGUGGGUUAUGUUCUUUACAAAUUAUAAUAAUCGUUUUUUUAACUACUUAAAAAGGAGGGAUAUAAUAUUAAUGCACCUUUUAAAUAGGGCUGGAAAUGGAAGAAAUUCCACGACAUCAUAUGACACCUGUGAUGAAAAUAGGAGAAAAGAUUUGAACAUAAUGGAUGAGCUAAUGAAAGAAGUGAACUACGUAACCAGUGAAGUAAAAAAUUUUGCAAAAGAAGAUGUUUUAGAAAUUCUUUGCAUAAAUAACAUAUUGUUUUAUCUACACGAAAUAUUUACUCAUAUUGAUAUGAUUUAUUUAAUAAGAUUUUUCGAGUUAUGUGAAUAUUAUGAACACAAAUUUUGUUGUGUAAAUAUAGUGCGUACAAAUCAAGAAUUACAUUUACUUUUAAAAUUGAAUACAAAAUUUUGUAUUAAUACAUUUGAAAAUUUGAAGAAUGAGAAUAUAUCUAAAAUGAAUUUUGUAUACAUUAAUAUGCUAAUAUUGUCCUUAUUCGAGUGCAAUUUAUUUUAUGUUUUUAAAUUUAUGUCAUACUAUUGCUUAAUAAAUUCUUCAGAAUUGCUUAUGUUUAUUCCGUCUUUGUUAUUUGUAUAUAAUAUGUCUCAUAAGAACUACAAAAUACAAGGUGAAAGUUUCAAAAUGGAAUCACAUCCAAGUUACCAAUACAUAAACCAGACAGAUAUUCACAAUUAUGUGUUUAUUUUAAGAAGCUUAAUCUUGCAUGUAUUGGCCAAAAUUGGAUGUAGCGAUAAUAAUGUUCCCAUUAUUUAUAAUUGCAUUUGUAUUUUACUGAAUAUUGGAAGUUGUAAAGGAUUGGAGGAGGCUGAAGACUUGUCAGAUGAUGGUAUUAACCAUGUUGCACAAUCAGAUUCUAUAGAGAGAAUAUCAAAAAAGGGAGAUGUGCAUAUAAGAGAUAAAAAUUGUUCUAGUCAAAUUCUUUUUAAUAAAUUGUAUUUUUUACAUUGCUAUGAUAAAUUAGUUGAUACUAACGAAAAUAUAAUAAGCAAAUAUUUCAAGUAUGUAGAGAAUACAUUCGAGUUGGCGAACGGAAUUGGAAAGGACAACACAGAGCGAGCGAAAAGAAAAGAGAAGAAUUAUAAUCAUGGUAUAGAAAAAAACAAUAGGGGUGAUGAUAAACAUAUCAAUAAUGACAAUAAGAACAUAUUUAUUAACAGUAUGACAAAGGAAGACGUUAACAUAUUUUUCGAUUUAAAAAAUGUACUAAUUUUGCUAAAAUUAUGCAGGUUUUAUAAUGUCAGUAAUUAUGUGAGUAGCAUCAUAAAAUUGAUUAACUCCUUUUUUCGAAAAUACAAAAAUAAAAUUAUUCACAACAAUUAUUUUAAUAAACUUCAAAAUGGAAUAAUCAAAAUGAGUAUACUAAUUUUAGUAAUCUUGUCAAUGAAAAAAUAUAUAGAAUUUGAAAUUAUCUAUGAUUUGUUAAAAAAGAAUUUUUUAAAGAAUUUAAGUAGCAUUGGGAAUAGUACCUCUCAUAUGGAUGGUUCUAAUAAUUCAUACAACUGUGACAUUAUUUGCUCUAUAAUUACAUUUACAAGAUAUUAUAUUAAUUACUUGAUUUAUGAAAAGGAAAAAUUGUGUGCAGAACAGUACGAUAUUUUGUACCAUACAAAGCUUAAAUAUAUUUUUAAAGAUUUAUACAAAUUAAUAAGUUUGAAUGAUGUCAAUGUCCUGACUGAGAUAGUUAAUGUUGUGUCUGUUGUAUAUCCUGUGUACUACCGACAUUUUGAUAUGGGUUCUCAGGUAGAAAGUAGCAAUAGGGCCCUUGCUGAACGUGGGUAUGGUAUGCCAGAGGACAUGUCAUUGAAUAUUAUGCACGGGAUUAGUAGUAGCACCACCAUGUACAAUAGCAAUUCCGUCCUUUGCGACCUGAAUAUGCAUGAGAAGAAAAAUUUGCUGAACUUGUUUUUCGAUAAACAUUUCGUGCAUGAGUCCUUUUUAAAAAGUGAAACACAUAACAACAUUUAUGAAAAUAUGCAAAAAGCCAUUCUGAAAGACGAAAUUAGCAAUCUUUCCUUGUAUAACUUGAGAAAUGAAAAUAGCAGUAAUAACAACCAUUUGGUGAGAGUUUUAUACAAAUUGUUCAAUUCAAAUAUUAAUAAUGAUAAAAAUUCUAAUUUUAAUUAUUAUGUUAAGUUACUCCUCACAGAUAAGUUUCAACACCUUGGAGAAAUUAUUUCGAUUUUGAAGAAUUUGCCAUUUUUUCAUGUACAUUACAUUUCUUCCUUUUUUUACGUGAUUAAUUGUUUCUUCGAAAAAAUUAGACGAAAAUUUGAGAGCCAAGAGGAUUUUAUUUUGCACCUUGACGUGAAGAGACCCACUAGGAAGGUAAAUGAAAAUCCUGACGAGAAGUCUAAUGUAACUUUGAAGGGAGAAGAUUCUUCUAGCCCCUCAACAGUAGACUCAAAGAAGGAGAGUAUUACGUAUGAAGUUAUUUGCAAUCGAAUAUGUGAAGAAAUAAAAAGUAUAAUAAACGAGGAUAAUCUGAACAUAUACGUUUUUUACCCUGUAUUAAGCAUACUUUGCAAACAUAACAAUGACAUUAACGAAAUUUUAAAUUUUUUUUAUAAACGAAUUGACAUCUAUGUUAAGGAUGAUGAAAACAAAUUACAGGGUAACAAAAAUGAAAUUAUUUUAAUUUUUCUUUGUUUAAAUUACAUACAUACGAACAUUUCGCAAAUUCCACAUUUUUAUCCUUACCUAAUUAACAUGAUGAAACGAAUGACAAAUAAAAAUGUGAGGAAUAUUCUUUUGUUGUGUCUCAGUACAUGUUGUUACUAUACCAAUUUGAGCAGUAUACAAAUUAUUGAAAUUUUGGAUAUUCACAGGGAUAAUUUAGAAAGUAUAUUGCAUUAUGGACAUAGGGACAUAUCCAAUGAUGUAGUAAAUUUAGCACUUCCUUUGAGUGUAAGCACAGAAUGCAACUUUGGAAACGUUUCUGAGGAUAUAAAACGUGUACCACAGAUUAGAGACAAAAAUAGUGAUAAUGAUAUUGGUAGAGAUGGAGAUGCACAGGAAGAGGGAAAUAAUGACUGCAGUAAUGAUACUGACGACGAUGAUGAUGAUAAUGACAACUUGCACUUCUUCCUCUCCUUGAACAAUCUCUGUUUCUACUUAUACAAACAUUAUAACAGCCAAACGUUCGACGAGAUGAUAAAAAAUAUGUACGAUACUAUGGUAAAAUCUCUACAAAAAAAAGUCGAUAACACGAUUGUCAGUAUGUCGAACGUGAUGAUGUAUCUGUACAUAAAAAAAGUAAUCGAUGUGUACGAAAUAAUGAAGACAUUGAAAAUGAUCUUAGCGAAUGUAGGAAGUAGUCUUAUAUACGAUUCGAAGUAUGUUGUGUAUGCAUUUUGCUCUUUUUACCGCUUCUUAACAUUUUAUUAUAAGAAACAUUUUGAUUGCUUCAUGUAUGAAGAAUCCGAAAUAGGGUAUGAGGAAGGGGAAAGAAGUGGGAGUUGUGAGGUUGAGAUGAACACAACUGGUGAUAGUACCAUUCGAUAUGAAAGCCUUAAAGAAAGAAUUAAAAGUCUGUCUCGUAGUCUUCACCAAAUCAUUGUACACAAUUUUGAAGAAUUAGAAGAUAAAAAUGUGAGUCUAAUUUCGUAUUGUAAUUUGAUUGGCAUUAGAAACAUGGGAUGGGAAUGUAUCUCACUAGAUUAUUUUGAUUCGAACGAAUAUUGUAAUAUGGCAAUUUUAUUUAUAAACCGAUUUGUGAAAAAAGAUUUUGAAAUCAAAAAAUGUGUAAGUUUGAUGAAUAACAUUUUGGCAUGUACAGAAUCAGAUGAUGAAAAUGCAACGCAUGAUGAGAAUUUGAUGUAUGGUAUGAAAAAUACUAGAACUGCAAGACAAGAAUGGAACGUAACUGCAAAAAAGGAUGAAAAUUUGUUUGUUUAUCAAAAUAACAAUUACAAAUUAAAUAAUGACAUUAUAGUGAAUGACCAUUGCACAAUUUUGACCCUUGUUUGUUUAUUUUGUUACAAAUAUUACGAAGAGAUAAAUUGCGCUCAAAUUAAGAUAGAAAAUUUGGAGAAGAAAAAUAUGUUAUAUUAUGUGUACUCUAACUUAUUACUUGUGGAAAAUUACAUGAAGGGUUUUUUAAAAAUGUGUAAACUUAUAGAUAUAGAUGCGAAUUUUUUCAAAAAAAACAAAGAAUAUGAGCAAGUAAAAUUAAUUAUGCUACAUGACAUAGAGGAGAACGAAAUGUCGUCUUUAAAUCUGUUCAACGGUGAAUUAUACAACCAUGUGAAUAUCUUUCUAAAAACGAUGAAACUAAUAAAUUACAUAAAAUUGGAUGUUCAAAUAAAGAAUAUUGUUCUUAACAUAUAUUCAUAUGUAGCAAAAUUGAUAAAAAUUUAUUACAUCUUCUUAGAAGUAAUGAUUGAAAAAAUCGUGGAAAACAUAAGCACUAACAUAAAAGGUUAUUAUGAAAUUUAUAAAGAGUAUAUCCAAAAGGUGCACAUAUUGUAUGAAUGUAGAAUAUGCAUAUUUGGAUAUUUUUCUCUAUUUAGCUCAUUUAAGAAUUCAUAUAGUCACAUUUUUUGCAAUUUUAGCAAUUAUUUCCACUCAUUCAGUACAUACGAGAAAUAUAUGUUCAUUAAAUGUAUAACAAAUUUUAAAAAAAUUAAAAAAGAAGAAAUUAAAUUCCUUUUUCUGAAUAUUUUAAAAAGUGUCAAACUGUUUCACGAAGACACAUCUUUGUGGAUAUUUGCUAUUUCUAUUCUUAAAAUUUUACUGAAAAGAAUUUACAAAAAUGUCAGAAAAAUGGAUGAUGGAAAAAAAGAACCAAGAAAGAAUUACUACGAUUUGUGUUCUUACAUAAAAUUUUCAUUUAUCGCAGUUUUUAAUGAAACUGUGUUGACAGUUUAUAGGGAUAAUUAUUAUAACCACUAUUCUAUUUAUGAAAAUAGGGAUAAGUGCAACAGUCAGGAAUAUAUUUUCAAAGGGAAUGGAGAAAAAGUAUGGAACAAACAUAAAUACAACAAAUGGAAAAAUAAAACCAAUGGUGAAGAUGUAACUAGGUCUAUGAGUAAACAGGACACAAGAGGAACCGGUGAAGGGUGCCCUAACAGCCCCGUUUAUGUAGAUAUUCCAUUCAGUGUAAUGUUAUGCAUAGCUGAUUUUCUAUCCCUUUUGUGUAAAAUUGUGAUUAAGGAAAAUUUGGAAGAAGAAAUAAAUAUGGACGAACUUUUAAGAGAAUUUUCAAUUCUCAUUCAAGGGUAUGUUAUUUUAAAAUUAAAGGCACCUGUCAAAAAAUUAAAUUUAAUUAAAAAUAAAAUUUUAUUUUAUGAACCUAAAUAUCAUUUUACAUUUAAAGAACGAUUACAAGAUUUUUAUUGUGCUCAGGAAAAACGCCACAAUGGAAAAAAAUUGAUAUCCUUAACAUUAGAUGAUGAAAAAUUUUUUUACUAUUUUCAAAAUAUUUUCUUGAUAAAAGAGUGUAUAUAUAUAUCAUACAUUUACAGUCACUACGGUGAAAAGCAAAUGGUUUUAGAUAGUUUGUUACAAAUGUGUAAUAUGUCUCAGGUUAAUAAGGAUUACCUGUAUGUCAUAAUAUCAUCUUUCAUUUUAUUUUCCAUGAAGUGUAAAAACAGUUCCUUUCUUUUGAACAAUGUAAUGUACAAUUUUGGCCCAGUCAACGAGUUAAGCUGUAGGCUAAGAGUUUUUUUGUCUCAUGAAGGUCACAAGGAUCAGAUUAUCAGUCGAGAUACAAAGCGGGAAGAAAUGGUGAAUGAGAAUAAUGAUUUGAACCCAUGUGAUGACACAGCAGACAGUGCUAGUAAUAACGGUAGUGGUAGAGAUAGCGGCCGUAGAGGUAGUUGCUGUGCCCCUACCGAUGGUAGCAUUGAGGAAAAAAAACACCAAAACGAUGUGAAUAUUUCAAAAAUGCUUAUCAUCAUUGAGGAAGAAUUUAUAAGAACGAAAAUGAGAAACUCUUUCCGAAAGGGCAUGAAUAGAUUGUGGAAAGAAGAUAAUAACCUAUUGAAAGAGUUGUAUUUAAAAAAAGACGUUUUCUUUUUAAAAAAAUUGGGAAUAUAUUAUAUGAUUAAAAACACGGAACGAAAAACCCAAUUGAAGGAACAGUAUGACAAGCUGGUUUCCAUUUUUUGCAAAAAAGAAGAACAAAACUUAUUUAUUAAACUGGGGAAUAUAUGUAAUAGUGUAUAUGACACGAAUGUUAUUACAAAGUGUGCAUAUACCCAAGAUAUUAUUGAUAACUCCUAUAUGAAUAUAAACUUUUUUAACAAAAAUGCAGAAGAUAAUGCUUUCACUUCGGGGGAGUAUGAAAUUUUUACAAAAUAUUUAAGCGUUCCUUUAUGUAUGAAAGAUGUCUUUACAUUUUUCGAAUUAAAUUUGAAUAAGAAUAUCCUAACGAAUAGUUAUAACGAACUGUUUAAUGAGAAGACCAAAAGGGCUAAGAAGAAAAGGGAUGGUUUGAAGGAAUCGGAGGACAACCAAAAAAAUCAAGACUGUACCAAGAAUAGCCAAAAUGGGCGUGUUCAUGAUAACCCUUCUACCUUUUCAGAUUUGUCAGAUUUAUCAGAUAGUGAUGACAAUGAUAAUGAUAACUAUAAUAAUAAUAAAGAUACAGAAAAAAAAUAUUUUCAAGAAAAACAAAAAAAAAAAAAAAAAAUUCUAUUAUAUGAUAACACACUGCUGAAUUAUUUAAGUAGUAAGUAUUAUUCCUUAAAUAAUUAUGAGUUGUACUUAGUAAAUAUAGGCUUUGUCAGUAAUCAAGUUAGGAAUAGGUUGCUUCAAAACCGUGCCUUAUGCAAAGGGGAUAAAUAUGACCAUAAAAAAAAAAAGACAAAUAAUUUGGAGGGUUAUUUUCCAGAUCAGCUGGCUGAUCAGUUUAGUAAUCAGUUCACACUGUUGCAAACCUUUUUUAAAAAUUUAAUUUUCUUUUUCAUGACCUUUCCCAAGGGUAUAGCGUUAAAUAAUUCAGACCUUUUCUUCCCCGAGAACAAAAAUCAUUUCGUACAUAAGGUAAUAAAUUUCUUAUCGCACGAGUAUGUCAGUAAAUAUUCUUGA